CCUAAUGUUAAAUUAUACUUCAUGUUACUAAUAUAAAGCAAAUUCUCGGUAACUCAAGAGUUUAGUUGAAGGGCCUCACGUAAAAUAUCGUAACUUUAUUAGCUAGAGGCUACAGAUGUUUGUGUAGCGUCCAGGGGAAGAUGGACGAUCCUCGAGUCUACGUGGAAAGAACUCUGGCCCUUAUAAAACCAGAUGCCGUCCACAAAUGUGAGGAGAUUGAGGACAUUAUCCUGAAAUCUGGCUUCAUUAUCCUGCAGAAGAGGAAGAUGCAGCUAAGUCCAGAGCAAUGCAGUGACUUCUACGCAGACCAAUAUGGAAAGCUCUUCUUUCCCAGCUUGACUGCCUUCAUGAGCUCUGGUCCGAUCAUUGCCAUGACUCUCGCCCGGCACAAUGCCAUCGCCCACUGGAGGUCCAUCUUAGGGCCUGUCAACAGCACCAAGGCCAGAGAAACUCAUCCAGGGUGCCUCCGAGCAAUAUAUGGCACUUCUGACCUUAAAAAUGCUCUCCAUGGCAGCGGGUCAUUUCAUGCAGCUGAAAGAGAGAUCAAAUUCAUGUUCCAAAAUUCUGUAAUCGAGCCUUUUUCUUCAAAACAAGCCACAGAAGAAUACCUGAGCAGGCAUGUAAACCCAACUCUGCUACGUGGACUCACUGAGCUCUGCAAGCAGAAGCCACACAGCCCAUGUAUUUGGCUUGCUGACUGGCUGAUAAACAACAACCCAAACAAGCCUCAAAUAUGUGAUGGAGCUAUUGUGGAAGAAGCCGUAUGAGAGUGAAAGAGGGGCACAUACAUAAUUUCCAACAGUUAAUUUUUAAACACACUAAUCUGUUCAGUACGGGGAAAUAAAAUGUAUUAUCCGCACUGAUCAUUUCUUAUUUGUCCUUCUGUAAAGUCGUUUUUUCCUUUAACCCUUUUUUUUUUUAAAGCAUGUGACUUUAUUCGAAACCUGAAGUCAGCAGGAUGAGACAGAAACACUAACAACUGGUCCUCAUAAUUCAAUAAAUCAAAUAUCUCCGCUUUGUGUAUUUUUUAACAAAGCACCCACAUUUUUGCCAGGGAGAUACAAAUGUUGUAUUUGAUUUGGUGUUAAUGAUGGCACUGAAUUUGUGACCUGUGAUAAGAUGAUAACAUUAAUCAAGUAGAAACGUACGUUCAACAUAUACAAUACCAUGUUCUUGUCUACCUGCGUUAACCAUCAGCUUCAUCUCAUGCUG